UCCAAUAGAUACGAAAAACUUUAAUUUUUGUUUCUCCAAAAGAAAUGAAAGAAAAAGAUAAAAAGGGUUGUUUUUGGAAAUUUGUGAAACAUCAAAUUGAAACAACAGUUGUUUUACUGUUUUUGCUUUGAAGUUUGAAGCAUCAGUAAGGUUGGGGAGGUAAAUUCAUAUUCAUAUUCUGAUUUUUCAGAGUCACUUUUCUCUUAUCCAAUAUAUUUUAUUCUUCAGGAUUUGUUUUUUUAAUAUAUAUAUGGUGUUAGAAUAUUGAAUUUCCUUGGCAAAAAUAUCUCUUAUGGUAUGUUAUGUCAUAUAUAUGAUAUUGGUAGGUCCCUUCUAACUUCUAAGGUGUUCAAAUAUGACCAAAGAAACCUUUCCUUUUCCCCAGUUCAAAUUCAAACCAAUUUUGGUCACUGCUCCAUUAUUGAUGAGUUGUCUUGAUGAGAUUGCAUUUGACUUUAACUAUUCAUGUCUUAUCCAAUGUUUCUAGAUUUUUUCAAAUAUAUCUUUCUUGGUGCAUAUCGAAUUCUCCAAAAGUGAUGCAUUUUUGAGGAUCCAACACUGGAACGACAACAUUUUGGAGAGUACAAAUAACAUAGGUCUUAUCUUUAUGAUCGGAAAAAUUGGCUUGUAUACUGAUCACACUGUCUGAUCUUUAAUUAGUUAUGAUGUGAGAUCUAAAUCUAAUGAUAGAAAAAUAUGGGAUGAAGUUAAAGGAGAACUAUGAGGUUUCAGGUUCAAAUUCCAACAUUACUGAUCGUCUGGUUGAUAUACAAGUUAUGCAAGGAUUAUACUGACUAAUUCGCAUUAUCAGCUAACUAAAUAAUGUAUAAAAUUAUGUUGAAUUUUAUACAAGUACGUUAAGUAAUUUCUUUUCAUCUGCCUAAACCUUGGUAGACAGAGUUACCUACAUUAGGAAUCCCCUUUUAUUGACCAGCCACUUCAUUCUUAGUUUGCUAGCUUGACACAGACCUUUUGGACACUACCUUUAAGAAUAAGUACUUAACAAAGACAGGGAUAUAUUGAGCUAAAAUUUAGAGCUAUUUAUUUCAUUGUGAGGCAAAAAAAAAAAAAAAAUUGGUGUCCUUCACACUAAAUAUGGCUUCUGCACCAUUAAAUGAUCUAUGGAUUGCAGCCCUCACUGUUUCAAUUGUGUUCCUUACAAUUCUUUGGUACAAAUUGAACAAGGAGGAAUCCAACUUGCCACCAGGGCCUCGUGGCCUUCCGAUUGUGGGAUUCUUACCAUUCCUCCGCGCCAAUUUGCAUCACCAGCUCACAGAGUUGUCUCAACAGUAUGGUCCAAUAAACAAGUUUUGGCUAGGAGGAAAACUAUGUGUUGUGUUGAAUUCACCAUCCUUAGCCAAAGAAGUUGUUCGCGAUCAAGACUCCAUUUUUGCCAACCGUGACCCUCCAAUUGCAGGAUUAGUGGCCACAUAUGGUGGACUAGAUAUUGGAUUUUCUCCCUAUGGCUCCUACUGGCGUGAUAUGCGCAAAUUGUUUGUAAGGGAGAUGCUAAGCAACAGGAACCUUGAAGCCUGUUAUAGCCUUCGGAGACAGGAGGUCAGAAAGACAAUCAGAAAUGUGCAUACCAAGAUUGGCAGCCUCACUGAUAUUGGUGAGUUAGCCUUUGUAACUGAAAUGAAUGUAAUCAUGAGUAUGAUCUUUGGCAGCAAUUUUGUAGAGGAGAUGGAGAAGCAUGGAACUGAAUUCAGGGAAUUAGUGAUAAAAUAUCUUCAAAUACUGGGAAGGCCAAACAUAUCAGACUUCUUCCCUAUGCUUGCGAGAUUUGAUUUACAAGGAAUACAGAAAGACGCGGAGGCUCUUUUGAAGUCGGUUGAAAGUAUAUUGGACCCUGCCAUAAACGAACACUUGAAGAUGCUUUCAGACAGAAGAGAAGGUGAAAUCCAGGGGAAUGAGAAGAAAGACUUUAUACAGAUCCUGUUAGAGCUAAUGGAGCAGAAAGACAUUGGUAUAUCACUAGACUUGGUGAAAAUAAAGGCUAUCUUGGUGGACAUUGUUAUUGGUGGGACUGACUCUACAAUCACAACGAUCGAGUGGGUAAUGACAGAGCUUCUGAAUAAUCCGGAGACAAUGUCAGAGGUGCAGCAGGAAUUGAAACAUGUAGUAGGGAUGAACAACAUUGUUGAAGAAUCCCACUUACCAGAGCUGCACUAUCUUGAUGCAGUUAUAAAGGAGACGUUACGAUUACACCCUGCAUUACCAUUGCUUGUCCCAAAGCGCCCAAGCCAAUCUGCAAUAGUAGGUGGAUACACAAUACCUCAAGGAACUAAAGUAUUCUUAAAUGUUUAUGCAAUUCAUAGGGAUCCUCAUGUGUGGGAAAGUCCACUAGAAUUCCAGCCUGAAAGGUUCUUGAAUCGCUCGACAAAUUUAGACUAUGCUGGAAAUAAUAUGAAGUACCUUCCAUUUGGUUCAGGGAGAAGAAUUUGUGCAGGACUUCCCUUAGCAGAGAAAAUGGUCAUGUGUAUGUUAGCUUCAUUGUUGCAUUCCUUUGAUUGGAAACUCCCUGAGGGCGAAAACGUUGAUCUUUCAGAGGGAUUUGGACUUGUCAUCAAGAAAAAUGAGAGGCUAUUUGCUAUCCCUACUCCCAGGUUACCUAAUUUAGAUCUAUAUCAGUAAAUCAAGAAACUACAAGGGGAGUAGCAUGAGUGUAUUUAGUAUACAAUGUAUUUAAAAUAAAAUGAUAGUACAUAUGUGAACUUUUAUAUUUCAUUCAUGAAAAUUGAAGACUAAGGUACCC